UGUCUAAUCUAAUAAAAAGAACUUCCCGGCAGUUAUGGUUUCCCCCAAACGCUUCCCAAUCUCAGCAUUUGAAUUUGCAGAGUCUAGAGAGAGAGAGAGAGAGAGAGAGAGAGAGAGAGAGAGAAUGGGAGCAGUGAACAUCUGGAACGCCAUGGAAGUUGCCGAGGGAGCUCGAGAGAACGGUAGCUCGGCAAUCCACUCGUCUUCUCUCACCGUUGACCACUCUCUCCCUCUUCCCGAAAUGUCACCUCGCCUCAUAGGGCUAUGCAAAGAUCUCUUCAAGAAAUGGUCAAAAUUGGACAAUUCUCACUUCUCUGUUGAGACUAUUUCCGGUGGCAUCACAAACCUUUUAUUGAAGGUAUCAGUUAGGGAAGCAAAUGGAAAUGUAGUGAGUAUGACAGUUAGAUUGUAUGGACCUAAUACCGAAUAUGUCAUCGAUCGGGAACGGGAAUUGCAGGCUAUUGGAUACCUCUCAGCUGCAGGAUUUGGUGCGAAGUUGCUUGGAGUUUUUGGAAAUGGCAUGGUGCAAUCAUUUAUAAAUGCACGCACACUAACUCCAUCCGACAUGAGAAAGCCAAAGCUGGCUGCCGAAAUUGCCAAGCAGCUUCGCAGUUUCCAUCAGGUGGAAAUUCCUGGCUCAAAAGAACCUCAGCUAUGGAUUGAAAUUUUCAAGUUCUUUCAAAAAGCAUCCACUCUUACAUUUGAUGAGGAUGAGAAACAGAAUAAAUAUGAGACAAUUUCAUUCGAAGAAGUUAAUGCUGAAGUUAUUGAGCUCAAGGAAUUGACAGGCCGCCUUGAUUCUCCUGUGGUGUUUGCUCAUAAUGACUUACUUUCCGGAAAUCUGAUGUUCAAUGAUGAAGAGGAAAAGCUGUACUUCAUUGAUUUUGAGUAUGGAUCCUACAAUUACAAAGGCUUUGACAUUGGAAAUCACUUCAACGAAUAUGCUGGAUACGAUUGUGACUACAGCUUAUAUCCAAGUAGAGAUGAGCAGUAUCAUUUCUUCAGGCACUAUCUAGAACCUGAAAAACCACUUGAGGUAUCUGACAAACAUCUCGAAGCCCUAUAUGUGGAGACAAACACUUAUAGGUUGGCUUCACACUUGUAUUGGGCUGUAUGGGCUCUAAUCCAGGCGAAGAUGUCUCCUAUUGAUUUUGAUUAUCUCAGUUACUUCUUCCUGCGAUACAAUGAAUACAAGAAGCAGAAGGAGAACUGCUUCUCUCUGGCACAAUAUUUCCUCUCAAGAUCUCGGACCGGGUGAACUUUGUUGCUCUUUCUGUAUUUCGUAAAAUUAUAUGGAGAGAUGUGCGAGUCCUACACUUGUCCCAUAUUAGAUUCAUUUGUUUGCCAUAUACGAGAAAGAAAGUGGAAAGGGUGUGGAGAAAUAAUUGCGAACUGGGAAUUGUGAAAUUCCAUUUGUUGUAGCUCUGAUAUUUGUAUACGGUCAAGUAGUAGAUUUUGAUAGUCUUGUCGUACAACAUUCAUGUUCUCCAUGAUUGGGAACAAUUGUAGUAAACGAUGGCAAUUUAAGGGGUAGCUAAAAAUGGUGUAUGUUCUGUAUUCUUUAUAUGGUUG